AAUAUUUUGUUUUUGUUGCUUUGCAGAGCUGAAAAGAAAAGGUAAUCGUAAUUUUGCGCUGCGUCGCGGUUCAGUGAAAUUGUGAAUUUUCUAUAGGAAAAAUUGAAAUAAAAUUCCUUAUAAGUGUGUGCAAAGCACUAAAAACGUGUUAAAAGGCAUUGCCAAAAUUCGUUAAAGUGCGCGGAAAUAUAUUAAAAGUAUGAAAUAGAAAUAUUAUACAUACCACACUCAGUGAAAAAUUGUGACAAACACAGCCACACAAACAGGCUUUUAUCAAGCGUGAAAAGUUUUUUACAGUGCAUUAAGGCAAUAGAAGCAUAUUGAGUUGAAAUAAAUAAGUAAAAAAAAAGUAUUUGUGUAGCUAAACAACGCACAACACCAGUCACUUGAUUUUGUCGCUUAACAUUUUAUUAAGUACCUGCAGUAAAAGCGUCAAGACGCCGCCAACAGCGCCAGCCUCACCCCCCGCGGAGCAUACGUGCGUGAUGCGUGACCUCGGCACCAAAAUGGCCGAGCUGAAAUUCGAGGCUCCAUUAGCUAAAUUCGAGGAGACUGAUGAAUGGGGCGGUUGUGACUUCAUUUCCAAUCAAAAUACGAUUAAUGAUACGUUGAAUUUGAAUCUGAAAGAUUCAUCGUUGAAGCAGGAAAACAAAAUGCGUCUACUUGAAGAGGCUGUGCGCGAUGCACAUGUGAGCCGGAAUGGUGGUAUGCUAAUGACGAACGGCACUAACGCUGACGGCGGUGCAAUAAGUCCCAAUUGCAAUUCCCUAUUGGCCGCUGAGCUGGGUCUAGAUGUUGGUUUGGCGCCUGGUGAUGAUGGUUGCGAUAAGCGUUCCACCGCCGGUGACACCGUUGAUAAUUUUGCUGAGACAUUCGGUGGUAGUCUUGAGGAUUUAGUAAAUACAUUUGACGAAAAAAUUACCAAAUGUUUUGGAAAUUUUGAAGAAAACGUUGAGGAUUUGGCACCAGUGCAAGUGCGCAGUCAGGAGGAGAUCAUGAAUGAAUGCCAAAUGUGGUGGACCAUCACUGGCAAUUUUGGCAACAUACUCCCAAUCGAUUGGUCGAAAUCAUUCACACGCCAAAUGCAUAUGCCCACAUUGAAUUUGGGCCAACAUCAGUUGGGUGCCGGCAAUGGCAGUGCUGGCAAUUCAUUGGAUGCCACCACACCGGGUGAUGAAUUGACCAGCGAAGAUGAGGCUGUUGCCAAUGAUCUCGAUAUGCAUGCGCUAAUAUUGAAUGGACUGAAUGCCGAGCAUGAGGAGCCCAUUAAAACGGUUGAGGAGGUAAUCAAAGAGAUUGAUGAUAUUAUGGAUGAGGCUGAGAGUCCAUUGGAUGAAGCAGAGACCUGUGAAUCGGAGGUGAUAGAGAAGGCCAGAGAGGUGUUGGGUGCGCCAUUGUAUGCGGAGAAAUUACAAUAUUUAUCGAUAUCACAAUUGAAUGAGCUGUACAUGGAAAUGGAAAUGCUCAUACAGGAGCUCAGCGAGACACUAAUCAAUGAAUUGGCGUUGCGCGAUGAGCUCGAAUAUGAGAAAGAGUUGAAGAAUUCAUUCAUUUCGUUGUUGCUGGCGGUACAGAAUAAGCGACGACAGUAUCAUGUAGAGAAGAAGCGUGGAAAAUUGCAAGGACCGGAGCCAAAGUAUCUGACCACUGUCAUACCCUACCACAUGGAGAAUGGCACACCAAACAACCAGUCCUUGCAAGUGCUAAUCAAAAUACUAAAAGCAAUCAAUGAGGAUAGUCCAACCGUUCCCGCGCUGCUAACGGACUACAUACUGAAAGUACUCUGCCCCACAUAAAUAUGCACACGGCGUAUGCGGCAGUCAGUUGAGUGUUGUUAGGUGUUUUAGUACGUAAUUGCAGUGAAUACAUUUAGAACAAAAAAAAAUAUAUAAAAAAAUACAAAAAAAAAAUUGAAUAGAUCAACUCAUAUACAAUGAGUAAAAGAGAAGCUAAUUUAAAUGAACAAUUCUAAGUUAUAUACAAAUAUAUUUCUAAUUAAUGUUUUUCUAUUUUUAGUUACUAAUUAAAAGCAAAACAAAAGUUAAAAAAGAGAGCGUAAUAAUAAUGCAUAAACAUAGCAGAUUUUAAUUAAAAAACAUAAAGCGUACCAUAUUCAUAUAUGUAUGUGUGUAUACAAUAGUUUAUAGAACGUUAUUUUUGCUGGCAUUAAUGGGUGAUUCAAAUAUCGAAGUGUAACGGUGAUUUAGUGCACUUAAAAAGUGAGAUUUUUCAAUAAAAUUAAAUUAAAUAUGCAAAUUCUAUGCGCGUUGACAAAUUUUGUGCGCUGAAGUGACUAGAGAAUUUCAUUUAACCUAAACUGCCUACAAGUAAUAAUAAUUUAUUGAGGUUUUUUGGUAGUAAUAAUAAAUAUUAGUGCGUAAAAAUUAAUUUGUAUUGGAGAAAAAAUAUUAAAAGCAUAUUAAAUAACUUUUUGGUUUUGAAUAUCGCUUAUCUGCCAAUGUUUGAUGUAGAAAUCAUGUAUUUAUAUUUUUAAAUUGCUACAAAAUUAAUUUAAACCCAAUUAGUAGCAGCAGUAAAGUAAAAUAAAUUCCAAAAAUAUUUAAUUUGUAAAAAAUAUUGAAAUUUCUCCACAAUGAGCACAAAAAUAGAACGAAACAGCUUCGAUAUUAUUUGCUCACAUACAUAUUUGCAUAUAUUAUUACAUACAUAUUAAUGCCACAAAAAUUAAUUUAUAACAAAAAAAACACUUACUUGUAUAAUUUUGUAAAGCUUAAAUGUAAUUAUAUGUAAUUUAUUAUUUUUAAAACCAAUUAGCUGUGUUGCUUUUCAUGUAAGUCAAAAUGCAUUAUAAUAGCAGUUAAAUUAAAAAAAAAAUAUAUAUAAACGUACAUAGGUAUAGCAUAUGCAUAUAUACUGAGUAUUGUGUGCAUUUGAGCGCAUAUUGCAGCGACAAAAUACAAAAACUGCAUUUUUAUAACGCACUUUUCUUUAAUAUUACAAGCUUUUAUGAGAAGAGUUUAAACUUUUUCGUACGCUAAACUGCCUUGAGAGAAAAAUAAUAAUUUCUUCUAAGUUGUUACAUAUGUAUAUAGCAUUUCUUUGGCUUUGAGAAGCAUUUCCAACGAUUUAAUAUGUUGCAUUUGGUUUGAGUGGAAAUAAGUGUCUUUAAAAAAUAUUUUUUAUUGGUAUUCUUCUUAUUAUUUGUUCAUAUUUUUCAAAAUUUCUUUUUAAAAAAAAAUAUUUUUAUGUAAUAUUUUAUUUAUUUUUUAUUAAAAAAAUAUUUUAAAUUUAUUUUUUUUUUUAAAUUUGUUUCAAAUAUUUUUUUAAAUAAUAUUCUGGUUUUAAAUUUUUUCGAACUUUUUUAUUAUUUUUUUUUUACUUUUUCCAAUUUUUAAAAAUCAAUUUUUUGUGGUUAAACAACUUUUAUUUAUAUUUUUGAUGCACUCUAAUUUAUUUCUGCAAUUAUGCAGUUGCAUUUUUUGUUUCUCAGCAUUUAAUUUAUCCUCACGUGCAUUUUUUUUUAAUUUUUUGCAAUAUUUGCGUAAUUUUUAAAUGAAUUUAUUUGUUUAAUGCUCUCAGAAUAAACAAAAAAUAUUAUUUUAAUAAUAAAUAUAAAAAAUAGUAAUUAAUUAAUUUACAGUGGCCAUAUUAAUGCUUUCAAUAUUGUAAAAAUAAUGCAAAUAAUAUUAAAAAAAAAAUUUAUUUAAAUAAUUUUUGCCUGAAUUAUAAAAAUAUACGCAUUAAAAAACAUUAUUUUUUAAAUAUGAAAAACAUAUACAUAUGUUUAAACCAAAGGCAAUCACUGUAAUUUCUCUCUAAAAAACGCCGGUUUAACGCUUUUAAAAUUUUUUAAUCAAAUCUAAACUGCUUUCAUAUAAUUUACGAGUUUUUCCAAUUUACAUUAUUUAGUUGGUAGCCAACUCU